GGAUGUGGACUUAUCUCGGACGAACCGUAGCGCAAGAAAACAUGCCUGUCAGUCUCGACCUCUACCUUUGAGUAGACUUGACCAGCUCCGCUGGUCCCGGUGAAGAAAUUAUAAAACGAUCAAGGACUGUGUAUGAUCUUACGAAUCCUCAACACAAUAAUGUCGCUUAGAAUUCGUCCUGCAUUCUGUACCGUGAAAGUCAAUUUUCACAAUCUCAAACGGCAAAAUGUGCGCUGCAUUGGCCAACACUGUAAGUUAUUCUACACUGUGCUCUUAUUGGAAGUUCGCAAGUACAGACGAAACAAGUCUCGCUGUUGGGAGACUCAGACCGCUGUGAAGAACGACAAGCCGAUUGUCGCUGUCAAGGAAUUCAGACCGUUGUGGAAAAUGAGAUGGAAGACUUGACCGACAUGGCUGACUGAACAGCGAAAGA